CCAUAAAUCCUCAAUGUAGCAGCUUAUAAUCAUGAAAGAACUCUCAGCUGCCAGCUUCUUCCUGAGGAGCAGAGUGUUUAGACCACACAUCUAGCUCCCCAACUUUUAUGGCUGCUACCCAAGGGUCUAGCUCUUGUCACCUAGCUCUAGCUGUAAGUGGGGCUCAGUAUUUGUUAAAGAGUUGCAACCACACUAAACAAAGAGGUGGUUUUAAACAGAAAUGUAUUUACAUGGCUAAAACACUGGGAUCAACACAGAGGGAAUAGGCCAUAACACAAGGAUACCAAUUUCUCCCUUGGAAGGGGUUUGACUGCAUACUUUUCUAGCUGCUGCCCAAGGGUUGAACUUCUAAUCGGUUUGCAUUUGGAAACUGACGGCUGUUUCAGAAGCUUGAAAGGGCUUGUAGGUUCUUCCCUUACCUUCUCUUCCCUAACUCCAAUGAUAAAAGCAUGGUUCCAGUUUCUCCCUUAAAGGAGCUUGUCCGCCCUAAGUUUUAUGACUGUCAUUUGAAGGAAUGGCUCCCAAAUCAUCUGUGUCAGAGAGCGAAAAUAGCUCAGCAUCCACAAGUCCCCACUCACCAUAGAAAACAAAAGGUGAUUUUUUAACAGACAUGUGAGUACUCUCUGCCCCUACCCCCUCCUCCCCAGCCUCAGCACAGAGGGAGCAGGCAAAAAUUAAGGCUCCCCUUUUCUCCCUGGAAGGGAAUUGACGUGCUUUUCCGAUUGCUGCCCAAGGGUCAGGCUUCUAAUUAGAAACUUGAGUCUGAUGGGUCACAUAAUUUGUAGUCCUAUGGGACCCUGAAUGGACAUGUGGGAGCUUCCCAUGCUUUAUUUCUCCAGAUCCACCCCAGUGAUAAAACUAAUGGAGAUAAGUGAUUGACCCGUCAGAUAAUUCAAAGUAAUGGUCAUAAAGAUGCUCACUAAAGUCAAGGGAGUAAUGCAUGAACAAUCAGAAUUUUAACAAAAAGAAAAUAUAAAAAAGUACUAAAAAAUUUAUAGAGCUAAAGAAUACAAUGAGUUAACUGGAAGUUUCAGUAAAGGGGUUCAACAAGAGACUAGAUCAAACAGAAGAAAGGAUCAAUGAGUUUUAAGACAUGUCAGAGGAACAAAAGAAAAAAUAAUUAAAAAAAAAAUUACUUAAAGGGCUUAUAGGACACCAUCUCCUGGAUGAAUAAACUUAUUAUGAGAAACUUAGAGGAAGAAGAAAGAACGGUAUAAAAAAUUAUUCAAUGGAAUAAUGGCUGAAAACUUCCCAAAAUCUGUGGAAAGAAGUAGACAUCCAGGUCCAGAAAACAUAAAAAGCACCAGAGACCCACACUGAGACAUUAUAAUCAAAUUGUCAAAAGUAAAGAAUUGAAAACAGUAAGAGAAAAGCAACUUGUUAUGUACAACUGAACCCUCACAAAACUAUAAGCAGAUUUUUCAUCAGAAACCUUGUAGGUCAGAGGGAGUGGGGUGAUAUAUUCACAGUUCUGAAAGAAAAACUGCCAACCAAGAAUACUUUACCUAGUAGCAAAGUUGUUCUUCAGAAUGGAAGGAGAGAUAAAGAUACUUCAAUAUAAGCAAAAGCUGAAGGAAUUCAUCACCACUAGAUCUGUUUUACAAGAAAUGCUAAAAAAAUAUUUUUAAAGCUUAAGUGAAAGGAUGCUGAUUAGUAAUGAAACAAAGUAUAAAACUGGUAAAGAUUAAAUACAUUUAUGGAAAAAAAAAUUUUAAUAGUAAGGUAAUAGUAGACUAUUGUAACACUGCAAUGGAUUUCUCCGUGGAAAACAACAUGUAUGUAAACAAAGUGUGGGUUCAGUGUGAGAAUGAUAGUUGUUUGAAAUGGAGGUUGUUGUCAAGUGAGGAUGCAGCCAAAGUUGAUCACAAUGAACCGUGGUACUGCCACAUGAACACCGAUACAAGAUACAAUAAGUGCUCUGUUUCGGAAGAAGACUUUCCCGAGGAGUCUCAGUUUCAUCAAAGCGGACUUAAGAUUGUCUAUUCACAGCUACCUCUUGGUAGCCUGGUUUUGGUAAAAUUUCUUAGUUGGCCAAGUUGGCCAGGAAUACUUUGCCCUGAUCCUUUUAAAGGGAAAUAUGUGACCUAUGACCUGGAUGGAAAUGUUGAACAGUAUCACAUAGAAUUCCUGGGUGAUCCUCAUUCAAGAUCAUGGAUAAAUGCAAGAUUUGUUGGGCAUUAUAGUAUCACAUUAAAGCCAGGAAAAUGUGAAAAUAAAAAGAAGGAGUGGUAUAUAAGUGCACUACAAGAAGCAUACCGUGCUUAUGGAUAUUCUCCUGAGCAAAGACUGGAAAUGUGCUGCCUGUCAAAACAGGAUAAAUCCAAAGCAGAUGACAGAGUUGCUGUCAUGACCAAGAAAAGGAUGCCAGUUUCCAAAAAUAAUACUGAAAAGAAAAUGCCCAAGUUCAGAAAAAGGAAGAGGAAAGCUACUUUAAAAUGCUCUGUUGAAGAUGUUGGUUCAGGUGAUGCCUUGUCAAAGGAAAACAUGGUGGUCUCUGAGACAGAAGUUUUACUAAAAGAACUGGAGCAAAUGCUACAGCAAACUCUCGAACCCACAGCAAUGCCCGAUGAGUCCAAAGAGGAACAUGGAGAGGAAAUAAAUACAGGAGAAAAGUUACCUCAAUGGAGUCCUGAAGCUUCUGCAAGCAGUCCAUUUGAAACCCACUAUGAAGAGGACUAUCUUGUAAUUGAUGGGUUAAAAUUAAAAGCUGGGGAGUGUAUUGAAAAUAUAACUAACAAGUUUAAAGAAAUAGAUGCUUUGAUGUCUGAAUUAUAGGGCAUUAUAGAUAUUUUCAAAGGUUAAUUAUAAAAACGAAGUAAAAAACUUAAAAUGUUUAGUGAAAUAGUUAUAUAGUAUAGCAAAGCUGAUAUUUGUAAUAGCUUUCUUCUUUAUAUUUUGAGAAUAUACAUUGUUUUGUGAUCUAAUCAAAUGAUAUUUAAGUUAGUGUUAAAAUUUAGAAUUUAAGAAAUCCUGAUGUUUGUAGUUUUUUUUUUCUUAUUUUGCCCUAAUUUGAAAAUGGUUUAUGAAACUAACUGCACAAAUACAUGCUUUGCAAUGAUUAUUUAAGUCCUUUAUUCAAAUGUGGCUGUUGUGGCUGACAAGUCUAUUAUAUUCUUACAGAUAAUUCAAAUCUAAUAUGCUUAGAGAAUGUGUAUUUGUAGUGGAAUUAAGCUAUUACAAAAUAAAAGGAAAUAUAAAAAAUGGUUA